AUGGCUUCCUCUCAUCGACGAGGUCCUUGGUCUCAGGGCGAAGAUGCCUACCUGUGCCAGCUAGUCCACACCCAAGGCGCCUUGAACUGGGUCCGCAUUGCUCAGCUCAUUGGCUCCCGCUCCCCCAAGCAAUGUCGCGAACGAUAUCACCAGAACCUCAAGCCGACCCUCAACCACGAACCCAUCAGCCCCGAAGAGGGCCUCCAAAUAGAACGCAUGGUCACCGAAAUGGGCAAGCGUUGGGCCGAGAUUGCCCGUCGACUGCAUGGGCGCAGCGAUAAUGCCGUUAAAAACUGGUGGAAUGGCAGCAUGAACCGCCGUCGUCGUCUCGUCCUCCGCCGCAAAACCCCAAUCCCUCAGCACGACGAACACGCCCACCAUCAUUACGACGAAGACCACCUCAAUCCCCUCUCUACUACCCCAAAUCCUUUUCUGCCGCCACCACCCUCGCAGCCGCAGCCAUCGUUAUCGUCAUCACGAUCUCUCGAGGCCGCCAUGGCCUCACCCACCGUCUCCGAGGCUUCGCGCACCGAAUCCGUCGACGCGCCUCCCUCACUCAUCUCUGACUCCAGCUCGGCCUUUUCUUUUUCUCCGCGAUCCGGCACCUCGCCUGCCCUGGAGCUUCCUCGUUUGCAGUACCAACCGCACGUCUCCCACUCGUCGAGCCUGCCCCGCAUCGCUCUACAGCCCAACGGCCGCGGUCCCGAUCCGGCUCGCCUCGUCCAAGAGAGCCCUACUACGCCCCAAAACACCUCUUCGACGCGUUUCCCAACCCAUACGUCCGAAUCCUACCCCGGCCAAAUCAUCCCGCUCUCCCUACUCUCGCCCAAGUCACGUCUACGCAGCUCGGCCGACCCAUCAGUUCAACUUCCUCCCCUGCGCCUCAUGGCCCAAAAUGAACGUGCGAGUCAGGCCAUGCAACGCGAUUCCCGCAUGCACCUCUCCACUCUUCUGGCCUAG